ACUGUGUCUAGUUCAUGGCGAGUGAUCUCAGUGAAUGAUAGUUGUUUGCUGCUCAGAGUAUGGGGUGUUUUUUAAAAUAGGAAAUGUCAGUAUCAGUCUAAGCUUAUUAUAGAACAGUCAGUAUGUGAAAAUGAAAGGACCAAAUGCCAACCUCACUUGAACUCUUGGUUCCCAACAGUAAGAGAAAUAAAUUUGAAAGAGGAAGGAGGUGGCAUGAGGAGCUGAAAGCAGAGGUGGAAAUGGAUGGGGUUAGUGGGCGCUCAAUCUGCCAUGAAGUGAACAUUUUAUUAGAUAGAAGAAACUUGAAAUGCAUGCAAGUUAAUCUAAAAUUUGAGCUUGGGUAGAUGGGAAUCAUGGCAGUUCUCUGAAAGGAGCUGAUUAAGGUGUUAAUUUUUGGCUAUUUGAUAAACGUGAGAAAAAACCUGUAGGCAGUUAAGGUGGCUUCUAGAGCAUUGUUUUCCAGUUUUUUAAAUGUAUACCCCAAUUACACGUUUGUUUAGAAGUGAAAUAUGUUACUUCUGCCAAUUUGAGUAUUCAAUGUGUUAUUUUAAAUGGAACACAUCUGUAUGAAGUAUGAUUUGUUCUGAGAGGCCUUCAGAAUCAAAUGGCUUAAUAGUCCCGUUUUGCUUAAUUAAUGUCCCAUAGAGGCAUUUAAAAGUAUAAUUGAAUAUCAGAUGCAGUGCCUCACACCUGUAAUCCCAGCACUUUAGGAGGCUGAGGCAGGUGGAUCACUUGAGGCCAGGAGUUCGAGACCAGCCUGGCCAAUACGGUUUAACCCUAUCUCUACUAAAAAACAAAAAUGAGUUGGGCGUGGUGCAUGCCUGUAAUCCCAGCUGUUCCAGAGGCUGAGGAGGGCGAAUCACUUGAACUCAGGAGGUGGAGAUUGCAGAGAGCCGAGAUGGCACCACUGCACUCCAGCCUGGGUGACAGAGUAAGACUCUGUCUCAAAAGGAAGAAAUAAAAAAGUAUAAUGGUAAUGUUUUCUCCCCUAACCUUAAAGAUUGAUUUGAGCACCUCACUUUGAGGACCAUAGUUCCAAAGCGCUGUUCAAGUAGAAGCCUAGCAUUCAAGGGAGGACACUAAGGAAGAUCAUGGACUGGUUGCACUGGAAACAGUAACAAAAGUAAAAAUUAAGCCCACGUGUAAGUGAUGGUGUAGGUAGGGAUUUCCGCAAGGAGUGAGUGCACGAGAUAAUCCCUAGGGACCAAGGAUUCUUUCAAUUUAAUGGGCAGUUCUUGAGGCUUUGCAAAGUUUGAUUGCAGGUGUCAAGACAGUGGUAAGGUGGACAGGAGAAUGAGGAAAAAGAUGUCCAGGGGCGUGGGAGAGGGAAUGGGGACAGACUAAUACUGGCAGUGAUGGAGAAGUUGGGAAGAGGUGAUUUAGAAGACCGUGAGCCGCAGCAAAGGAUCUGCUGCUUGCAGUUGCGUCCGGGGUUGUUCCUGCUCCGCUCUUCUGCUUUCACCCUUUCUGGGGACUCUGUCUUGCUCUCCUGCCACGCCUCUUAACAUUCUAAGCCCUGUAAAUGACAUUCUCACGUUAAGGGCUGCAAAGAAAUUGGUGAGGAGCCGGGUAAACAGGCUUUGAUUGCAAAUGCAAUCAAACCUCUGUAGCAAAUCGUACAAUUAAAACACCCGCAGGCAGGUGUGGGCGACGCCAGCGGCACACGGGGAGCUGGGCACGUGGGGCGGAGGCAGCUGCCUGGUUUCCACGCGGGCGCUCUUUAAGACCCGGCGGCGCGACGGAAGCGCGUGGGCAGCACGUGAUAGAGCUGGGCGACUCGGCAGAGCUGCGCGGCCAUGGACGUGGGCGCCGACGAGUUCGAGGAGAGCCUCCCUCUGCUGCAGGAGCUCGUCCAGGAGGCCGACUUCGUGGAUCUACAGUGUGAGGAGUGCUGGUGAUGUUCUGCACCCGAGGACUGGUAUUUUUUGCCUUCCCGGCAGGUCUGGACAUGGAGUUCACGGGCCUUCGUUCUAACCUGUCUGGGCCCCAGCAGAUCAGCCUUUUUGAUUUGCCAUCGGAGUGGUAUCUAAAGACCCGUCAGAGUGUUCAGCAAUUUACAAUCUGUCAGAUUGGAUUGUCUGUGUUUUCUGCUGUUGAAGGAGAGGCAAACAAGUAUAUAGCCCAUUCGUGUAACUUCUAUCUCUUCCCUACAACGUUUGGGAUUUUGGACUCAGAAUUCUCUUUCCAGGCUUCCAGUGUUCAGUUUUUGAAUCAGUAUGGCUUCAACUAUAACAAGUUUCUCAAAAACGGAAUCCCAUAUAUGAAUGAAGAACAGGAGAAGAAAAUUAGACACGAUAUCCUGACUGGGAACUGGAGAGUUCGCAGCACUCCGGAUAAAGACCAAAUCAAGGUGGUGAUUGACGAAGUGACGCGGUGGCUGGACCUGGCCAAGGAAGGCGACUGGAUGACUCUUCCUGGGAUCACUGGCUUCCAGGCCUUUGAGGUCCAACUGGUGCUGAGGCAGGCCCUCCCCAACAUCUGGACGGUGCUGAAAGAUGAGGGGGUGGUAGUGAAGAAAGUGAGUAAACAACAUCGUCGGUAUCUUCAGAACACCUCUUGUGACCGAGAGAGCUGUUGGAAGGAAAACAUUCUUCUCUCAGCAAGGGGUUUUUCUGUCUUUUUCCAAAUGCUGGUGAAAGCCCAGAAGCCCUUAGUGGGACAUAAUAUGAUGAUGGACCUGCUGCACCUCCAUGAGAAGUUCUUCAGACCCCUCCCAGAAAGCUACGAUCAAUUUAAGCAGAAUAUCCACAGGCUGUUUCCUGUUCUCAUUGAUACCAAGAGCGUAACAAAGGAUAUCUGGAAGGAGAUGAAUUUCCCGAGGGUGUCGAAUCUUUCCGAAGUCUAUGAAGUCCUGAACAGUGACUUGAAUCCCACCAAGAAUUCUGGACCAGAGAUUGUUCACGCAAGCAGGUGUGAGAAAUACGUUGAGACAAAGUGCCCCCACGAAGCCGCGUAUGAUGCCUUCCUCUGUGGGUCAGUUCUUUUGAAAGUGGCACACUUGCUUCUACAGAAGAUACACCGCAUCGACCCUGUGCCCGAGUCGUCUUUUCCUCAGUACCUUGAUGUGCUGGCUCCUUACGUGAACCAAGUGAACCUCAUCCGAGCGGGGGUCCCAAAGAUCAAUUUUUCUGGUCCAGAUUAUCCCAGUUUCCGACCUCCCAUCCUCAUCCUCAGCGUCAAAAGGUGGCCUGGGGUCAGCGAGCAGCAAGUCUACCAUAAGUUUCAGAAUCUCUGCAAGUUUGAUGUCAGGCGACUCACAAGAAGCCAGUUCUUACUCCUGACCAAUAAGUUUAAGGACGCGCGGAACAUCCUGAAGGAGUACCGGGGCCACCCGACCCUGUGCAUCUCCCUGUACCACUACUGGAGACACUCCCCAAACGUCAACUGCCUGCUCCAAGUCUGUGGCAUAGUGACUGCCUGGGCCCUUCUCGCGUUCAUCCUCGGAAGAUCUGGUCCCUGAGUGCAGCAAGGCCUCCUGCGGCCACCCUCGGGUCCCCAUGCUCUCUCGGAGGCGUGCUGGGUGUGUUUGUGUAAAUCAGAUUCUGCUUGCAGAUGAAUCUGUUUGGUCUUUUCUAGAAAUUCUUUUAUGUUCUGAACGUGAAAUUCUGUCAACACUCUCAAUGAUAAAUCAGUCCUUGGGUAUCGUA